UUGUCGCCCAUCAAACUGUCACAACUCGUUCAGACUGUCAGCAGCUCUUCGUGGCUGUCACAUCCACAUUUCCACGGAUAUCCUGCGCAACUACUGAAAGAUGUGGAAGUCAGUUGUGGGCCACGAUGUGAGCAUGAAGGUGGCUGCAGAGGGGGACGACUGGGAGACGGACCCCGACUUUGAGAAUGACGUGUCAGAGCAGGAGCAGAGGUGGGGAGCCAAAACUAUCGAAGGCUCGGGACGCAAAGAACACAUCAGCGUCGCAGAGCUCAGAAGCAAAGUUGCUGUGGAACAUGAGCAGGUGAAGCAGAAGGAGCACAUUCCCAAAGCAUCGUAUGGAUACGGAGGGAAGUUUGGAGUGGAGAAGGACCGGAUGGACAAGGUUGCGAUGGGUCACGACUACGUAGCGCAGGUCGAGCAACACUCUUCCCAGAAAGACGCAACGAAAGGGUUCGGUGGGAAAUAUGGUGUUCAGAAAGAUCGUGUUGAUAAGUCUGCCAUGGGCUUUGAAUACAAAGGAGAAGUGACACAACAUGCAUCUCAAAAAGAUUACUCAAAGGGAUUUGGAGGAAAAUACGGCGUUGAGAAGGAAAAAGUGGACAAAGCAGCUCUGGGCUACGACUAUAAAGGCCAGACGGAGAAGCAUCAGUCACAAAAAGACUACGCGAAGGGAUUUGGAGGAAAGUACGGGGUGGAGAAGGAAAAAGUGGACAAAGCAGCUCUGGGCUACGACUACAAAGGAGAAACCGAGAAGCAUCAGUCACAAAAAGACUACGCGAAGGGAUUUGGAGGGAAGUACGGGGUGGAGAAGGAGAAGGUGGACAAAGCUGCCGUUGGUUACGACUAUAAAGGAGAAACCGAGAAGCAUCAGUCACAGAAAGAUUACUCAAAGGGAUUUGGAGGGAAGUUUGGUGUUGAGAAGGAGAAGGUCGAUAAAGCUGCGUUGGGGUUCGAGUAUAAAGGCGAGACGGAGAAACAUCAGUCACAGAAAGAUUAUUCAGCAGGUUUCGGUGGUCGUUAUGGAGUACAGGCAGAUCGGAUGGACAAGAGUGCAGCAGGAUUCUCAGACAUGGACUCUCCGACCUCGGCUUACCAAAAGACGCAGCCAGUAGAGGCCUCAAGUGCAGGUGCAGGGAAACUGAAGGCCCGCUUUGAGAACAUGGCCAAGGCUUCAGAUGAGGAGAACAGGAAGAAGGCUGAAGAAGAGAGAGCAAGGAGACAAGCCAGAGAGAGCAGAGAGCGAGAGGAGGCCAAACGCAGACAGCAGGAGCAGAGCAGCAGAGAGGAGGAACCUCAGCCUCCACCUGUUCCAGAUGUGGAUCCAGAGUACGACAUGCCUCCGCAAGAAAUCCACCAACACAUGCCAGAGAUCGAAGAAACUCCAGAACCUGAACCUGAACCUGAACCUGAACCAGAGGAGGAACCGGAAUAUGAAGAACCCCCGGCUUUGCCUCCACGUUCUGAUGAUUUCCUCGACAUGGACGCCCCUCCUCUACCUGCAAGGUCAGCAGAGGUGGAGGUGGAUGAUGGAGAUUACGAGGAGCUCGCUGAACCACCUGCUCCUGUGCCGACAGAUGGGGAUAAUGACUAUGAAGACCUGACGUGUGGCCAGAAGGCAAGAGCUAUUUAUGACUAUCAGGGAGAGGCAGAUGAUGAGAUUUCCUUCAAUCCAGACGACAUCAUCACCAACAUAGAGAUGAUUGACGAGGGCUGGUGGAAGGGACUGUGUCACGGACGCAUCGGUCUGUUUCCGGCCGCUUACGUUGAGCUGAUGUGAGCGACUCACCGGAGCAGUUUGCUUUUGCACAAGCUUCACUUAAACUCAGGUUUCGUAACUUGGACAACAGAAGAAAUGAAUUUAUCACUGUAUUUAUAGAAUAAAUCACAGCAAGUUUUUUUGAUCAGCUAAUUUCAAUCAUUUGACUACAUAAUAUCCUGUGAGGAUCUGUGGCGGCGCAUGUGAAGGUAGUGAGACGACAAAACCCACAAUAAUGGUGAGAAUUGACAUGUUUUAGCUGGGAUGAACUGAUCAGAGACAAUAAAAUAUAUUUUAUGGGAAA